AUGUCGCCGCUCGUUCCGUCGUACCACCAGGUCCAGCAACAUCCGUUCCUGAAUGCGCUCGAUCCCAUGGGCUGGCCGAACAAGCGAUUAAGGACGUCCUACGCAAACAGCGCCGCGGCAGCAGAGCCCUCGCGCCGCAGUUGUGUUGCUGUCCCGAGCUUGCGCCAUGCGGACGCCGCAAGCGGAGGGCAACGCGCUGCGCCUGAGAUUGACGACUGCGCGACUGCACGUCGGGGCAAGGGAGGCGCGGACGCGUCGCCGCUUCCUUCCGUCUCUUGCCACAUCGAUCGUCUUCCCGACGAGCUCGUCGCGACCAUCUUGCGCGACGUCUUCAAGAAGGCGCAAUCGCUUUCCGACAUCGCCAGCCUGCUGCUAACAUGCCGUCGCUUCUACGACAUCUGUCGGCCUGCGUCGCACUGGUCGCUGCUGGCGUCCGCAUCAGUCGAGGCACUCCUGCCGACGGACGCGGCGCACUGGACUCCCGCAGUCCAGCGAUUCCUGCUGAGCGCCGCGACAGAGGGCAACAUCGAGGCAAUCUAUAUCGCGGGCAUGAUCUCGUUUUACUGUAUCGGAAAUCACUGGGCGGGCGCGCGCUUGCUCGCACAAGCGGCGGAGUGCGGUCACGGCCCUGCGACCUAUUCCCUCGCUAUAAUCAACUUUCACGGGAGUGGCGGAACCGCGCGGGACACAAAUCCACAGGCGGGUGUGGAUCUGUGCUGGCGGGCGGCGAAGUUGGGAUUCAUGCCCGCGUUACAAGAACUCGGACACUGUUUCGUGGACGGCUAUGGAGUUUCCCAGCGCAUUUCUCUGGGCAAGCUUCUGCUGCAGCAUGCAUCAGCAGCUAUGGAAGGCACCACAAGCACCUGUCCUCAACCAGCUGCUCGCUGGAAUGCUUACCUAAGUGUUGGGAUGGAGGAGGAAGGGGCUGAGAUGCUGCAGAGAGGGGGUGGAUUGGAUAGAGUUGUGAGACGACUGCAACAGCGGGAGACAACUGAAAAGAGCACGGAGCAGCAGGAUGAGCCGCGGUCGCCACCCCAGCAGGAGCAGCAGCAAUCGAGACACGGAAAUCUGCACCUGGAUUUGAACCAAGCAGUAGAGCCUGCAGAAGAUGGUCGAGAAGGCACCGCGUCUGCUGGGAGGGACUUGAACCAGCCUUGCUUGAACCUGCUGGUUGCUCCUCCCAGGGAUACUCUUUAUGAGCUGUUUGGAGGGGAGAGGCCCGCUGGAUGGAGUAUAGAGGAGGAUGAAGAGGAGGAGGAUGGAGAGGAUGAGGAGGAAGGGGAGGAGGAGGAGAGUGCGGAAGAGGAGGAACCUCGCGUUUCCCCGCCCUUUGCCGCCCCAUCGCAUCCACUCUUUUCUCGCCACUUGGCAUGCCAUCCGACCGCUCCCUGCAGGCCGCCGUUGCUGCGGUAG